AUGCGGCUCAUUCUCGACGGUUUCGCGGCCAUCUUUGAACGCUUUGGCCCAUUUAAACACAGCAGACCUACUCAGGCACUCACUACCGAACUGAUUUCGCAAACGCCGAAGAAUUUCCGUGUUUUUAACGCCUUCCCACACCAAAAAACGAAGGACAAUACGUUGCGCAACGGCGGUCGGCACUUGACGUUCACUCAUGGUCGUAUCACGCGCGUGAAACGUGCGUUCGCGACGAAAACUAUGCCACACUCAAGAAGUGAAGGCGCCACCGUGAAAGGGUGGGUGGCGACGACCCCGGCGAGGAUCCCGGCGACGGCCCCGGCGAGGACCCCGGCGAGGACCCCGGCGAGGGCCCUGGCGACGGCCCCGGCGACGACCCCGGCGACGGCCCCGGCGACGGCCCCGGCAAGGGCCUCGGCGACGGCCCAGGCGACCGCCCCGGCGACGGCCCCGGCGACGGCCCCGGCGAUGGCCCCGACGUUUAGGCGAGGAGGAGGAGGAGGAAGAGGAGGAGGAGGAGGAGAAGGAAAAUGCUUCCCUAAAGGGAAGAAGAAUUCCUUAACAAAAAG